GGUUGAAACUUCAACCAUUACCACACUUCUCUCUCUCACACAAUCAAUCAAUCAAAUUCAUUCAUACUUGAGUUGUGCUAAUGCUAUCAACUAAACACACAUGUAAUUACAUGUGGAGUAAUUUAGUUAGUCGGCAACUCCACCAUUUCCAUUAAUCCCUCUUCUCCUAAUUAGACUUUUCAAAAGAGCUAUGCUAUCCUUCCUAGUCUCUCUAUAAAUAGAUCCUCCUCUAUUUUCAAAUUAAGAUAAGCACCCAUUAAUUAAUCAUAAUCACUAUAACCAAUUUACCAUUUACAGGGGAGGGGCAACCAGAGAACAUAUAUGCACCACCGUGCCUUUCUUUUGGCCGUGCUUGUGGCGGCGGCGGCAUCUGACCUCGUCGGAAAAGCCUCUGCGGCCACCUAUGUUGUCGGAGACAAUCAAGGAUGGAGAGUUCCUACCAACCCCAAUGAUUACUCCACCUGGGCUAGUCGCUAUGUUUUUAGAGCUGGAGAUGUUCUUGUGUUCAAUUUCACAACGGGGCAACACGAUGUAGCUGAAGUGAGAAAGGAAGCAUUCGAUGGUUGUAGCAGCACCAACCCCAUUGUGUUGACCACGGUUGGGCCUUGGAACGUAACUCUCAAUUCCACAAGAGAGCACUACUACAUCUGUACAUUUGGCUCCCACUGCUCCUUGGGCCAAAAGUUGGCUAUCAACGUCUCCGCUGCCUCGUCUGCCCCAACUCCGUCACCGGCUCCUUCUCCCCCUAUCAUCCCCAACCCGACCCCAGCCCCUGGAGUCACCCCUACACCAUCUCCAAAUUCAUCACCAGCCCCAGCGCCAGGAUCACCAGCGCCAACGCCAACACCAGGAUCACCAUCCCCGUCUAUGACACCCGGAAGCUCAUUACCAGGGACUCCAGGAGGGGCUCCAGGUACACCGGGGGGGCUCAGCCCGCCUUCGCCUCCAGCUCCAGACUCCUCCGCACCACUUCCAACUAUCAGUGCUUCGCUGAUGGUGUUCGCAUCGGUUGCCUUUGGGCUCAUCGCUUAGAAUGGUGUCGCUUAUGUAUACCUGUUAGGUUUUGGUGUUGUUUAUGAUUUAUGAUACUAGUUCACGUGGACAGGACCCAUUGUUUUUAUUUUAUAUCUCUAGGCUCUAGCAUUGAGAGUCGUACGUUUGUGUAUGUUACCUUCGUGUAGUUAAUAAAUUUCAUUGGUUUUUCUGUGUA